UGCUCGGCGUCGUCGGCCCCGUCCUCGUCCGCCCCGCAGCCCUGACUCUGUCUCCCUCCUUCCUCAGAGGAUGUCCUCCUUCCAGCUCAACGUCAGCCCGCUCAAGGAGCCGCUCGGCUUCAUCAAGGUCCUCGAGUGGAUUGCUUCUAUCUUUGCUUUUGCCACCUGUGGAGGUUUUAAGGGCAAAACAGAAAUUCAAGUGACUUGCCCUCCUUCACUUACUGAAAAUAAAACAAUUACAGCUGCUUUUGCUUAUCCAUUCAGGCUGAAUGAAGCAUCAUUUCUAGCACAUCCAGAUGUAAACGUGUGUGAUGUAAAUUGGAAAAACUGUGUCCUUAUCGGAGAUUACUCUUCUUCCGCACAAUUCUAUGUCACUUUUGCAGUCUUUGUCUUCCUGUACUGCAUCGCUGCUCUUUUGCUCUAUGUUGGUUAUAUGAGCCUGUAUCGGGAUAGUCGAAAACUUCCCAUGAUUGACUUUGUUGUUACUCUUGUUGCUGCUUUUCUGUGGUUGGUGAGCACUUCAGCCUGGGCUAAAGCUCUUACAGAUAUUAAAAUAGCUACUGGUCAUGGUAUUGUCAAGGAACGUCAGCCUUGUAAUCAUCAAGGAGUGAUGUGUUAUUUUGGCUCCGUGACUAGUAUGGGAUCCCUAAAUGUAUCUGUGAUCUUUGGCUUUCUGAAUAUGAUACUUUGGGGAGGAAAUGCAUGGUUUGUGUACAAGGAGACCAGUUUACACAGUCCAUCAAAUACUUCUGCUUCCCACGGCCAAGUAGGUAUUCCACCUCCUUCUGGAAUAUAAUUAUAAAGGGAGAAAUACACUGUAUGAAAUAUGUGACUAUUCUAUGACCUGUUGCCAACAUCUUGAGAAGCAUUAUUUGUUUCUAAUAAAAGUAAUGGCUUUUUCAAUAAAUUGGUGGGUUUAAAAUUUUGCUGCUUUUUUAUAUAAAGCCUGUGCCUUUCCUAGAAAUUUAAGAUGUAAGUGUAUUCUCACAUGUAAAUUUGAAAAUUCAGGGGUCUAUUAUGAGAUGAUACACAUUUUUAAAUGACUGGUUAUUUCUUUACUAAGUUGUUUGCCUUCCAAAGUGUUUACACCUGAAGCCUUAACAUAUAUCUUCACUCAGAAAAGAGUUACAUUUUCAUAUAAUAAUAGGAAGAAAAUCUCUAUUUGGAAUAUACACUACUGUAAGUUUGUACAGAUCAUAUACCUAAGACCUGUCUUUGUUUAAGAAAGCCUUGAUUACAUAAAUCAUAUUUAGGAAAACAUAUUUAGUUCAGAAUUUGUAUCUGAACAUUGUUUAUAUGUUAUGAAAAAAUGUUAAUUGCAAAGACUGGUUGUAUGUUUUAUUUCUGUUUUUCUAAGUGAUCUACAGUACUUAAUAGGUGUGCUAAAAUUGUUUUGGGAACGGGGUUUGGAAAUUUCUAAUAGAUGUAUAGUUAAUAUAGUGAUUCUGUCGCAUGAGGUGUAAGCUUCCAUUAUGCUGGUUGUUUAACAGACUUGCUGUAUAAGUAGAAAGAACUUGGUUCAACUAGAUAUUUUGAUAUGUACGGGCAUUACUCUUAGUGGUAUUGUUUGUUGUCCUUU